GGACCAACACAAAAUCAUUCACAUCCUAAAUCAUUAUUUGAGGUUCAGAAACUUAGCCUUCUAUACACUAGUCUUUCCUUUUAAUACCAAUAUCUUAUUUUCCAACAUAUACAAGAAUGGGUUUCCGUUUACCUAGUAUGAUCAGAAGGGCAUCAUCUUCAAAAGGUCUGGACGUUCCAAAGGGGUAUCUAGCAGUAUAUAUUGGUGAGGAAAUGAAACGGUUUGUGAUUCCCAUAUCAUACUUAAACCAACCAUUGUUUCAAGAAUUGUUGAGCCAAGUUGAGGAACAAUUUGGGUAUGACCAUCCAAUGGGUGGUCUCACAAUUCCUUGCAGGGAAGAUGUUUUCUUAGAUAUCACUUCUCGCUUGAAUUGAAUAUACGCUAACCGUCUGAAGAUAUCAUAAGACUGACUAGAUAUUUGACCAAAUUUUGUAGCAGUUUAGUUCUCAGUUUCAAAAGAUUUUAUCUUUUGUUGUUAUCAUACUUGGUUGUAAAAAAGUUCAUCUAAAUGAGAAAUUUAUUAACAUUAUUACUGCA